AUGUUUCGAAAUCAAUACGAUACCGAUGUCACUGUAUGGAGUCCCGAAGGGCGGCUGCUUCAGGUGGAAUAUGCAAUGGAGUCAGUCAAGCAGGGGUCCGCUUGUGUCGGUCUCCGCAGCAACGACUAUUGCGUUCUUGGAGCCCUGAAGCGUAGUGUGAGCGAACUCUCAUCUCACCAAAAGAAAUUGUUGGAAAUUGACGAUCAUAUGGCCAUGGGAAUUGCUGGUCUUACAGCAGAUGCUCGUUCCCUUGCCAAGUACAUGCGCAACGAAUGCUUGAACCACAAAUACGUUUAUGGGGAUAACAUUCCACCUGCUGUUUUGAUGAGCGAUUUGGCGGACAAGCACCAACGUACCACUCAAACGUAUGUAAGACGUCCUUUCGGAGUUGGUCUGUUGGUGGCGGGAGUCGAUCCCCAACGAAACUCUUGCCACUUGUAUCAAACCUGUCCCAGUGGCAAUCUCUACGAAUUUUAUGCAUCGGCAAUUGGCGCCAGAAGCCAAUCUGCGAGAACCUACUUGGAAAAGCAUUACGAAUCUUUCCCAGCAAGUUCCAAGGACGAAUUGAUCGUUCAUGCUCUGCAAGCUCUGGUUGGGUGUGUCAGUGGCGAUGAUGAGCUGACAAAAGAAAAUGGAAGCAUUGCGGUCGUUGGAAAGAACCAAAAUUAUAUUCUUAUUGAAGGGGAGGAACUGCAGCCAUACUUGGAUAAAUUGGAAAUCAAGAGAAAUGAUGACGACGAUGCCGAGGAAGAGGAAAGCGAAGUCGCUGAGGCAAUGGAAACUUAG